AUGGCACAUGAUACACCGUCUUAUCAUGAACAUUGUGUAGAGGGAAUGGAGUUAACCAGUUUCGGAACUUGUGAAGACUGUGCCAUUGGGUUCUACAAAAAUAUUUCUAGUGCCGAUAAUUUGGCUCCCAUUGAGAAACGUUGGAACUGUUCGGAAUGUGACAACAAUAAAACCACGUUUUACAAAGGAACACUGCAAGCAGCAGAUUGUAUCAGCAAUUGUGUUGAGGGAAUGUUUUGGAAUGAUAACCAGUGUUUGGCGUGUCCUGUUGGAUUUUACAAGAGCGCGUCCAGUGAGUCCCACCACAUUCCCUCUCAUUCUAGAUGGAAUUGUACGACAUGUCCCGCUGGAACCACGACAUUCAGCACAGGCAGCACGCAUUGCAUAGACCACUGCAAAACUGGUUAUCAUUUGGAUAAUGAAACUUGCAUUCCCUGUGAUAUUGGCUUCUAUAAGAAUACGUCAAGUGAAGAUGAAUCACUCGAAGAGACACUGAGAUGGAACUGUACGCAGUGCCCUAAGGGACAGACAACUAACUCCUCAGGAGCAGAAUUCUGCAUCCGUAUUUCUAUAAUUUCUUAUUGUUUUAACGCUACAACCGAUUUCAAUCCAAGAAUUGUAAUUUGA